CUCGCACCUUAAAGUCAUUUUCAAUCCCUUUCAUGGAGGCCUUCUGUCAUCAUGCACACUACCCAUUUCUUUCCCUUGUUUUCGAAGAAUUCUACCUUUCUAACAAAAGAAGAAAAAAAGAAAAAGGAAAAUCUCUGUCACUUCCCUUUAAGCUUAAGUUUUUUCAAUUAAGUUAGGUGGUUCCACAUCUUCAAAACUUUUCUCGUAGCCGCUAAUUACUCAAAAAGUUCUGUUAACCUGCUAUUGACACUAUCUCUUUUUCUCAGCUAAUCUAUAUUCCAUUUUUCUUUCGACAUUCUUCAUGCCCCUUCAAUGCUCACCAUUUCUUUUUGUUUCAGAACUGAAAAUAACUUCCUUCUAGUGUGGCCCUGGGAUAUGAAACCUGUGAACAGGGUGGGGACUAAACUCUCGCAGUGCUGACUGAUCAGGUUGUCAAUACUGUAGCACCUAACAUGAUGAGAACUUCAAAGAUUUCCCUGGGGAAUUCAGAUCAUCGUCUAUGGAUUCUUGCUUUUCCAAUGAGUCUAAUGCUAUUGAUAGCCGUCGCACGACCAUGGCUUCUCGACCACCACGAUGAGUUUUCUGCUCCAAUGGAAGAUAUUAGAGUUUCACCAACUGUUCCUGUUCCUUCGAAAGGGCAUGGCUUCCCUCCGAUUCUUGCUUACUGGAUUUGCGGUACUAGUGGAGACAGUAACAGAAUGCUGAGGCUGCUGAAAUCAAUCUAUCAUCCAAGAAACCAGUAUUUACUGCAACUAGAUGCAGAGUCAUCAGCUUCUGAAAGAGCAGAGUUGGUUGUUUCCAUACAAUCUGAGGCUUUGUUUCGAGCUUUCGGGAAUGUUAAUGUUGUUGGAAGAAGUUAUGCUAUCAACAAGUUGGGAUCAUCUGCUCUUUCUGCCACACUUCACGCUGCUGCUCUGCUUCUCAAGCUCAACAAAGAUUGGGAUUGGUUCAUCAAUUUAAGCCCUGCUGACUAUCCGCUUAUGAGACAAGAUGAUUUCCUCCAUGCCAUGACUUCCUUGCCAAAAGAUCUCAACUUUAUACAUUAUUCCAAGGAUACUGAAUGGAAACAGAAGUACAAGGUUAACCAAAUCGUUAUGGAUCCAAGCUUAUAUCUUCAAAAGAGCAGUGACCUUUUUUAUGCUGUAGAGACACGGCCAAACCCAGACGCUUUCAAGAUCUUUGGAGGCUCACCUUGGGUGAUUCUUACAAGGUCAUUGAUGGAGUACUGUGUCCAGGGAUGGGAGAACCUUCCAAGAAAACUACUAAUGUAUUUCAAUAAUAUGGUAUACCCAAUAGAGUUCUACUUCCACACAGUCAUAUGCAACUCUCCAGAGUUCCGAAACACGACAGUAAAUGCCAACUUAAUCAGGUACAAUAUUUUGGAGAACCAUAGUUCCAAUGGAGAACCAUCAGAGUCAUUUUAUGACAAGAUGCUAGCUAGUGGAGCAGCAUUUGCAAGACCCUUCAGAAGAGACGAUAGUGUGCUAAUUAACAAGGUCGAUGAAACUGUACUAAACCGCCAACCAAAUGUUGUGGUGCCUGGGAACUGGUGCACAGGUGGAUCGACGAAUAGCAACUACACGGAGGCUGCAGAGAGUUCAAAUUUAUGCUCAACCUGGGGCAACCUUGAUGCUGUCAAGCCAGGGAGUUGUGGUAUCAAGCUCGCAUCCUUGUUUUCUAUGUUGCAAAUCCAUGGGGGAUUGAGAACUGGCAAUCACUGCCUUCAAUAGUUUUUCUUUAUAUGUACAUUAACUUGAGAAAUUUUUUACGAAAAUCUAAGUGAGCGGAUGUUUUCUCUAUGUAUUGA